AUGUUGACCGGGUCGGUGGCAGGGAUCUCUUCGGACACAGAGGCGAGGCAAGCCGAGCAGAUCCACCACCUGAUGGUCGCGGCCCGGAAAUGGCGGCAGAAGUACGAGAACGCGAGUCUGGAGCUGAAGGCGGCCGCCAAGAAGCGGAAGGAGAUGGAGGAAGACUUCUUAAGGAAGCAGCUGAAGAUGCAGGAAGAGCACAUAGAACACGAGAAGGCGAGUCUGAAGACGCAGGCUGAGAAGUACGAGGCGAAGAUCGCCAAGCUGAAGGAGCUGAUCGGCGGGCUCAAGAAGGCGCUGUGGCCGACUAAGAAACUCGCCGAGCUGAACUUUCAGGUAGAUUACGAGCGAGCGAUGCGGAAAAAGGACACAGACAACUUCACUAAGGACAAACAGAAGCUUGAGGAUACCCUGAAGGAAGAGAGCGAGCAGAAACGUUCUCUGAUGGACAAGCGGAGGAGAAGAGUGUGCCAAGUCUGGCGAGUAUCAGUCAUGGCCGCAACCAUGAAGGAACAGCAAUCCAAGCUUGCAGAGGAAGAAGGCACGCAGAAUCGGACCAGGAGAAAGUUUAUUGAGAAACAGACGAAGAGGUACGAGUCCAGGUGGAGUGAGGAGAGGGAACGCGUGAAGCACCUUCACGAUGCCUUCAUGGCAGAAGUGGAUGAGAAAGUCCUGGAGGACGCGAAGCUGGAGACGCUGCGACAAUCCUUCCAGGCGGAACUGAAGGAUCUGCAGAGGCAGAUGCAGAUGGACAACAUGAAGCUGAAGGCUGAGUUCGCCUGGCAGGAGAUGGACCUGGUCAAACUGUACGAGAAGGGGCACCAGGAGAACACAAACAUGGUGUCAGAAGUGGAGGGGAAGGUCGGGGACGUGAAGGGGGAGUUCUGUACGGUGUUAGAGCAGAUACGGGACGUGCAGCAGAGUGUGGCGUACAUGAAGGAGAAGCUGUACCCUGUUCACCUCAUCGUGCAGAAACUGGACGCAGAGAAAGUAACGCCUGGCGGAGACAUGGCGAAGUUAAACGUCGCGCAAACCGCCAGACGGAUCUGCUCAGACGUGUCCAAACAGCGCAAGGAACUGGCUGAGACGUUAGAAGAUGUUGAAGACUCCCUGACCGCAGGCAGUUCUCCUCAAGCACAGCAGGCACUCUUGGAUAAUCUGACUCACCUGCAAGUUCUUGUAGACUUGAACAGCCGAGAGCUUGGGGAGCUGAGAAAACUUCUCAAAUGUCGUAAAGCCUUACAGUUUUACGACAAGUCAAAGGGCACGUCAUUAACGCAAAGCGGUCUACAGAAGCACCAGCUAUCCCCCAAACAGCCCAAACGGUCCGGCAAAGGGAAAAGGUCUAGAGGGUUACCUCGGACUUUAGCAAGACUGUCCACUGAGAAAUCUAUUCCAACAAUUUGGAUGGACGUCUAG